AGUGCUGUAAUGCCUGGAGAAGGACAUGAAACAUUGCACUUCCACACACUUGUGUUGUUCAAGUCAGAUACCAGAAACGACUUCAUGUUGUUGCUGUCGUUUAUCCAAGUAAAAGGAGGAUCUGAAGGCAGCAGGAAGGAAAUGCUGCCUAAGUCUGAGAUUCAGGUUCACCCAGAGCAAAUGAUCGAGCAGCAGCAGCAGAACACAGUUGGAGUAAGUCAAGUGCGUGGUUUUAUUGAAAAGCGCUACACCUUUGCCUCCUGGAUCAGGGACAACAUCCACAAGAGGGAAUGUUUCUUCUUUGAAAAAGGUGACAGAGAGGAUAUCUGUAAGUGUGGCUACUCAAAGACUGAUCAUGUGGAUGAAGCCAUCAAGCCAGAGGACUUCACAGGCGACUCGUGGAACAUACACAGACAUGUCCGUGAAGUGCCCACUGAUGCUUUUGGAGACAUCAGAUUUAAUGGUUUGGGACAGAAGACUGGCAAGUAUGCACGAGUGUCCACAGACACCAGCCCUGAGGUCUUGUACCAGUUACUGACUGAACAGUGGAAACUUUCCCCUCCCAACCUGCUGAUAUCAGUGACCGGAGGAGCCAAGAACUUCUAUCUGAAGGCUCAUCUCAAGAACAUGUUCCACAGAGGUCUUAUCAAAAUGGCCCAGACAACAGGUGCCUGGAUUAUCACUGGUGGAACCCAUGCAGGUGUGAUGAAGCAUGUAGGGCAGGCUGUGAGGGAUUACGCUCUGAGCAGCGGCUCCAUGCAGGGCCAGAUCGUGGCUAUUGGAGUGGCAACAUGGGGAAUCAUUCACAAGAGGAAGGCAUUGGUGCAUUCAGAGGGUUGUUUCCCAGCCCAUUACUCGAUGGACAUCAAUGACCAGGGACACCUGUCCUGCCUCGACAACAACCACACGCACUUCCUGCUGGUGGACGAUGGGACCCAUGGAAAAUACGGGGUGGAGAUCGAACUGCGAAGCCAUCUGGAGAAAUACAUCUCCAGAAAGCAUCUUGGAAACAAAGAGAGCGGUGUGACCAUCCCUGUCGUGUGCGUGGUUUUGGACGGAGGACCAGGAACUCUGGAUACCAUCUAUAACGCCAUGCUGAAUGGUACACCAUGUGUUAUCUUGGAGGGCUCGGGGAGGAUAGCAGAUGUGAUCGCCCAGGCAGCAGUACUGCCGGUGACCCGGGUCACUAUCACCCUCAUCCACCAGUUGUUAAAGAAGUUCUUUGGCCAAGAGUACGAAAAGUUCAGCGACCUCAAGAUAAUAAAAUGGACCAAGCAGAUUCAGGACAUCAUCAGGAUGUCUCACUUGCUGACAGUAUUCAGAGUAAGCGAGGACAAUCAAAGGGAAGUGGAUGUAGCCAUUCUUCAAGCACUCCUUAAAGCUUCGAAGACCUGCGAGUCAGUGGCCUGGAAGAGGCAGCUGGAACUGGCUAUAGCCUGGAACCGGGUGGACAUAGCUAAGACUGAGAUCUUCACUGAGGAAAGUCAGUGGGAGUCCAGUGACCUCCACUGGGCCAUGAAAUCUGCCCUGGUCGGCAACAAGCCUGAGUUUGUGAGUCUGCUGCUGGAGAACGGUGUGAAUCUGAGUGAUUUCCUGCAGAACGAGAACAUUCUAUGUGACCUCUACAAACAGCUGCCCCGCUGCUUUUUCCUCCACAAGCUUGUCAAGCGGGUCGACAGUUCUCACAGCAGCAUGAAGCAAGUGUUGGGCAUCAGGGCUCGAGCUCAGGCAGUGCAAAGUGAAAGCAUCUCUAUGACUCAUGUGUCUGAUGAGGUGCGCCACCUGCUGGGCAGUUUCACACAGCACCUCUACCCUCCCUCCACCACGACAAAUGACUUCAACAUGUCCAUGGAGGAUACAUCAGUGUCACCGUCUAAAAGUCAGACGGAUUCCAAAGCUCCACUCAGGGAGGACAACGCUGAAGCAAAGAGGGAUCCAGGCAGAGACCUUUUUCUUUGGGCUGUUGUCCAGAACAAUAAGGAGCUGGCUGAAAUAGCCUGGGAGCAGUGUACAGACUGCAUAUCCGCUGCUCUGGCAGCCAGUAAGAUCCUGAAGAAAAUGGCUGAGGAGGGAAGUGGUGCAGAUGAGACAGAGGACAUGCGAGCACUCGCCAGUCACUAUGAGGAACAUGCCAUUGGUGUGUUCAGUGAGUGUUAUAACAGUGACAAUGAGCGAGCUCAGAGGUUGUUGGUUCGUGCGUCACCAUCUUGGGGCAGGACAACAUGCUUUAGGCUGGCACUGGAGGCUGAUGAUAAGAAUUUUGUAGCUCUGUCAGGUGUUCAGGCUCUUCUGACUCAGAUCUGGUGUGGUGAGCUUUCAGUGGACAACCCUGUUUGGAGAGUCCUUAUCUGCAUGAUCUUCUUCCCGCUUAUCUACACCAGCUUUCUGACUUUCAGACGUGACGAGCUCAUCCAGAGGGAAAAUGAGAAGAGGGAGGAGUCGAAGACAGUGGAGAAGGUGACAGGAAGUGCAGUUCGAAUAAAGCCUCGUGGCCGCGACCCCACCAGCCUGCAGGACCCGAAGCCUCUGGACAGAUGGUCCAGACUGGUCUACCUGUACACCUCUCCGCAGGUCAAGUUUUACUGGAAUAUAGUGUCCUACUUCGCCUUCCUCUUCCUGUUCGCUUGGGUGCUCAUGAUCGACUUCCAGGACACACCGUCUGCUGCAGAGGUGCUGCUCUACAUCUGGCUGUUCUCUCUGGUGUGUGAGGAGGUCAGACAGCUCUUUCAUGAUCCUGAUGGCUUUGGAUUUCGGAAGAAAGCCAGGAUGUACAUCAGUGACCUGUGGAAUAUUUUAGACGUUCUGUCCAUCAUCCUCUUUAUUAUUGGCCUUGCAUUUAGGCUGACGACUGAGCUGUUGUAUGCGGGUAAAAUCCUCCUCUGCAUCGACUUUGUGGUCUUCUGCCUCCGUCUCAUGGCGAUCUUCACCAUCAGUCAAACUCUGGGACCAAAGAUCAUCAUAGUCAGAAGGAUGAUGAUGGAUAUGUUUUUCUUCAUGUUCAUGCUGAGUAUCUGGGUGGUGGCGUACGGUGUGGCCAAACAAGGCAUCCUCAUCGACAAUGACAAUCGGCUGGACUGGAUCAUCCGGGGGGCUGUUUAUGAGCCGUACCUGACCAUAUUUGGGAAUUUUCCCACAAAUAUUGAUUAUGCUGCGUUUGACAUAAACUCUUGCAGUGUGGAUGGCAUCGAUCCUCUGAAGCCCAAGUGUCCAGUGCUGAACAAAAACGAAACACCGGCCUUCCCCCAGUGGCUCACCAUCAUCAUGCUUUGUGUUUACUUGCUCUUUGCCAACAUACUGCUGCUCAACCUGCUCAUAGCUAUCUUCAACUUUACGUUCCAGGAAGUGCAAGACAACACAGACAGAAUAUGGAAGUUCCAAAGAUAUGAGCUAAUUAAGGAGUACCACAGCCGCCCUGCUGCCCCUCCUCCUUUUAUCAUCUUCAGUCAUCUUUACCUCUUCAUCAGGAACGUGGUGCUGCACAAGCCCCCCAUCAAAUACAAAGAGUUCAAGGAUGAGCUUCCUCAGACAGAGGAAGAAGAGCUGUUGUCCUGGAAGGCCUUGAUGAAGGACAGAUACCUGCUGUCCACAAAGCAGAAGCAGAACCAGAGCAUGGAGCAACGCAUCCUGGACACAAAAAAAAAGGUCUCCACCAUUACCGAUUGGCUGGAGAGGGAAGAGGAGAUGAGCUCUGGCACCAUAAAGGAAAGACUGGCCCGAGUAGAGGAGCAGGUUGGCCAGUCAACCAAAAUCCUGCAGUGGAUUAUGGACAGUCUGAAAUCUCAGGGUUUUGCAGCAAAAGAAACACAAGCAACGACAUCAGCUACAACAGACAGUGAGUCCCCUAAAACUGAAAAAGAGGACAGCUUCCAUGUGAAUGCCCGUCAGUUGCACUACCCGAACAGCAAACUUAACCGCUUCCCGGUGCCUGAUGAGAAGGUGCCAUGGGAGGUCAAGUUCAGCUUAUACAUGCCGACUUGUUAUACCCCAGAGGACAGUGCAGACCAUUUGGAUGGAUCAGAAUCAGAACCCUUAGAUAAUUACAGAAACCCAGCAGGGAGGACAGGCAUCAGGGGACGAGGUGCACUCAGCCGCCUGGGUCCAAAUCUGCAUGUAGACCUUGUGCUCACACGCUGGCAAGACAGCGAGCGAUCUGUUUUGGAGUUUCUGGCAGUUGGAGACGAUCACCAACAAACCUUGGCUUUACCUGGGGGACCUGUCGAAUCUGCUCAUCACCUGCCAGUGACUCUUGAGAGAAACAUGGGGAAGAAAUUGUAUGAAAAAUUAAAUGAAAAAGUAUCGGAGGGAACAAAGGUGUUUGAGGGUUAUGUGGACGACAGCAGGAACACAGAUAAUGCCUGGGUGGAAACCACUGUCCUAAACCUUCACCUGGACAGAACGAGCGAGGUUAUGGCAGAAAUCGACAAUGUGGUGCACAGCCAUGGUUGUCUUAAGUGGCAGGAAGUGAGCAGAAAAACAAGACUUAGCUCAAACCAAAGAGACUCUUUGAGGCAGGUCGCUGAGCUGCACAACAAGAAGUUCUGAUCUUCACGCUGCUGUAACUGCCUGUCAUCCACAGGUUUCCUUCUGCCUGUUAAUGUGGCCUUUUGUCAAAGCGGAUGUAGAUUCAUUCUGUUGCAAUGCAGCACAGAAUUAAAAGCAAGACUAAAGACUUGAACCUAAAGCCAAAAUAUAUGCUGCUUGAUAUUAUUUUUCAACAUUUUGCACCGAUGUUCACCACAAACUGUAUGUUUAGCCUACACACUGUGCUGUACACUUCAUACACGUGUAAACAUCCAUAUAUACACUGAAAUAAAUACCUCAGUGGUGGAAAGUACAUUUACUCAUGUGCUGUACAAUUCUUAGGUUCUUGCACUUUAGUGUUUCCAUCUUACACCCCUUUAAACUUCUACAUCACAUUUCAGAGGGAAAUAUUGUACUUUUUACUCCACAUUUUGGUUGCUUUAUAGAUUAAAUUAUAUCAUUAUCUUAUAAAAAAUUAUCCAUUGUCAUAGAUGAAAAUGAUUGGUUGUUCAAAUUAACCCCAGCUUGACUAGCUGCAAUUUUAAAAUGCAGUUUAUAAGGUAAUGCAUCAAUAAUAAUAAUAAUAAUAAUAAUAAUGAUAAUGUAAUAAUAUAAAGUACAGUACAUGACAAUAUAAAUCGCUGAAAGGGAACUUACUGCAUAAUGAGUACUUUUAUUUUUGAUAGUUUAAGUAUAUUUUGUCGCUACUACUUUUGCACUUGUACUUAAGUAACAUUUUGAAUUUGGGACUUUUACUGUUUUUUUAGUUUAUAUUUUACUAUUGCUGCUUUUACGAAAAGAUCCAAGUACUUCUUCUUCCACUGAAAAACAUCAUCUGUCAGUUUCCUUGUAUGUUGUUCAUUUAUGUUAUAGUUUGUUUCAUGUGUGAUCUUUAUUCUUUACAUAAUCAA